UAAUGCGACGACGAUGGCGGAAUAUAACCAGCACUUUGAGAAAGCGUUGGAUUUCAUUAAUAUCUAUCAGAAGCUGGUAGACUGUCAUCUGGUUGACUUUAUUACCGAAGGACUAUGGGACAAGUGCUUGCCAGAGAGACUUAGAUCGGAGCUUGAAUGUAUUAUUGAUACGAGCGACGAUAUCUGGACGGAAAACGACACGGAUUCGGAAUUGAGUAAUUUCAUACAAUUGACAAGAUCACUCUCUUUAGAAUCAUGCCCAGCUGUUACGUGGGUGGACGAUUUGACAAAGCUUUUACCGCAGUCUUCCGAGGGAGGUUCGAUCGAAAAUAAACUCGACGUUCGCCCGAAGUCUGAGCUCAUGAAUACAAAGAAGUCGCACGAAAUCCAAGUGCUUGGAAAAGUCAUUGCCGAAAUGGCACUUAUCACCCGCAGCUUAGUAAUAGACGCUGGAGCUGGGAAAGCGUAUUUGUCGACGUAUUUGUCAGAACAUUUUAAUAUCCCUGUAUUGGCGAUCGAUUCGUCGCAAGUUUGUCACAAGGGUGCGAUAAGUCGUCAGGAAAAGAUUCAGAAGAGGAAACGACCGUUAACAAAGGUUCGAUAUAUAGUUCAAGAAUUGGACGACAUGACUAAUUAUAACAAAAUGGUGAAUACACAUUACCCUGAUUGGAUUGUAAACAAAAAUCUGAUUUUGACAGGAUUACACACUUGUGGAAUGCUUGUGCAUUCUGUAAUGAAAGCUUUCUUACGUGCGAAGGACAUUAAUUUGCUUCUUGUAGUUCCAUGCUGUUAUCAUUUAGCGGAUGAAACAUUGAGCGGACGUUGGAAUUUCACUAAAAACGCCAGAAUGUUGGCUCAACAAUCUAUCGAAAGGAGUAAACAUAAUAAGCAUCUUUCUCCUUCGUUAUUUUACAGAGCCGUGCUACAAGUUAUUCUACAUUCAAUGGGUCAGUACAGACGAUGUAGACGUAAAUAUAUUUAAAUAUUGACAUUUUCGAUCAUUGAAUGGGAUCUUGUGCUUCAAUUUAAUAAAGCGAUAUUACAUUU